AUGCAUCUGAUCCUAACCGGCGCCACAGGCCUGGUCGGCUCCGGUGUCCUCGACGCAAUGCUGGCCAUGAAAGAAGUCACCAAAAUAUCCAUCCUAAGCCGACGGCCCGUCCAAAUGGCCGAGGAUGCUCAUGACCCCCGAGUACAAGUCAUCAUCCACCCGGAUUUUGAAACCUACGAUCCAACACUCCUCUCCCAGCUGCAGGGUGCAACAGGCUGCGUAUGGGCGCUUGGUAUCAGCCAAACAAAAGUCAACAAAGAGGAGUACAUCAAAAUCACCAAAACCUACGCCCUGGAAGCCGCAAAAGCCUUCCACACUCUCCGCCCGCCAAAUCAGCCCUUCCACUUCGUCUACGUCUCGGGUGCAGGCGCCACCACGCAGCCUGGCUUCUUCGCUUCACUCUUCGCUCGCGUCAAGGGCGAGACAGAGCUGGAACUCGCAGAGUUACGUCGCGAGACCCCACUGUUGAGGACGAUACACCCCCCGCGCCCUACGUAUGAGACGCUGUUCCGGCCCCUGGGGCCUGUGUUUCGGGCGGCGAUGCCGGGGCUGUGUAGUCCGACGGAGCAACUGGGGAGGUUUCUGACGGAGAUGGCGAUGGGGAGGUAUGAGGAUCGGUUGAUGGUCGGGGAGACGCCUAUCCUUGAGAAUACGGCGUUUCGGCGGUUAGCUGGGCUGAGUUCAUGA